GAUUCCAUGCCGCUUUACCAAAUUAAGCUUAGCGGAUUGGAACCUCAAUUGAUGUGCGAACGCCAUGGCAAUCUGGCCAUCCCCUCGACUACAACAAUAAUUUGAAUCCGAUCACAAAAAGGGGUCUCUUAUUUCGACACAACUCCAACGACUUCGCGUCAGAGAUAAUAACAUCCACACAUACUAUACGGCUAUCAAAUAUGGCGGCUCUUGCUUCGAAGGCGCAAUCCCAAAAGCUCUUCGAGAAAUUAAAGACAAAGCCAGCAAAUAGGAUUUGUUUUGAUUGUGGGGCAAAGAACCCAACAUGGACUUCUGUACCUUUUGGAAUCUAUCUCUGCCUUGAUUGUUCAUCGAAUCAUCGCAACUUGGGUGUUCACAUCUCCUUUGUGCGAUCGACAAACCUUGAUCAAUGGCAAUGGGAUCAACUUCGAGUUAUGAAAGUUGGCGGCAACGAAUCUGCCACGAAAUACUUUCAAUCAAAUGGAGGUACUGCAGCACUCAAUAGCAAGGACCCUAAAACUAAAUACCAAUCGAACGCGGCUACGAAAUAUAAAGAAGAAUUGAAGAGACGUGCUGCCAAGGAUGCUGCAGAAUACCCCAACGAAGUCGUUAUUUCCGACGCGGCGACUGAUGCUGCUGACGGAACCUCCACACCCGCCGGCGAACCUGACGAUGACUUCUUUUCUUCCUGGGAUAAGCCUUCGAUCAAGCGACCCACACCCCCAAUAUCUCGAACUGCCACGCCACCUGUUGUUGGACGAACACCUUCCCCUUUCCUCAAUGCCGGUGCCAAUGCUGCUGGUAACGGAAUCGCAAGAGCAACAUCACCAUUAGGAAAAGCAGAUGGGACAGCUGCAGCACCUACGGCUAGCCGCAUUACAUCCUCUGCUGCGUUGCGAAAAAGCGCUACAACAGGAGCCGGACCAAGAAAAGCAAAUGUCCUCGGCGCCAAGAAAACCAAAUUGGGUGCAAAGAAGGUUACAGGCGACGUAAUUGAUUUUGAUGCCGCCGAGCGUAAGGCAAAGGAGGAAGCCGAGAGAAUUGAGAAAUUAGGCUAUGACCCUGAGGCCGAAGAAGCUACGACAAAGAAGUCAACCGCCAAGGCAGCUGAUCUUUCGAGCAUUGCCGCACCAACACCUGUAAGCCCAGGAAGAGCGGGAUAUGGUUCCGGUCACAGCAGAGAACGAUCAAAUGGCGAGGUUGAAAGACUUGGAAUGGGCAUGGGAAGGCUUGGAUUUGGACAAAUUGGAGGCGCUAAACCUGCAGCUACUGCACAGAAGAAGAUGGGCGGUUUCGGCUCAGUUGGGCCUAUCAAGGCCACAAAAGAAGAUGACGAUGAGAAAUACGCUCGACAAAAGUUCGGCAGCCAAAAAGGAAUUUCAUCCGAUGAGUUUUUCGGCAAGGGGUCAUUCGAUCCUAGCGCACAAUCAGAAGCCAAAACCCGCCUACAAGGUUUCGAAGGAGCAACAUCUAUCUCAUCCAAUGCUUAUUUUGGAAGACCUGAAGAAGAAGAGGGCGGAGAAGAUUAUGGUGAUCUCGAGACCGCUGCAAAGGACUUUGUGAGGAAAUUUGGUGUCACAGCCGGGGACGAUCUGGAUAAUUUAACACAAGUCCUUGGAGAGGGUGCAACCAAACUGCAAGGUGCCAUCAGAAGCUAUUUGAACGGCUAAAUUAAGGUGAUGGGCGAAGGGCAGGAGUUUGGCGUUUGCAUGAGCAGUAUGCGGCACUGUGAUGGCAAGAUUGAGAAGUGAAAGCUGUGGAAAACAGACUCAAAGGUUGCAGAGGGCGUACAAUGCUUACUCUCGCAGCAAUUUGUGAGGAUAAUACAUUUCUUGUCUUAUGUACUACUUUUGUCCUACAAUUUAGAUGACAUUACUUCUUUGUAGCUAUUGUAGAUUUCCAAUAACAAUUGGACUUAGAUGAAGAUGUAAUGAUCAAAUGUGUUUUGAAUGAUAUCCCA